UUCCCUCCUCCCGUUUCUUGUUCUUGAGGCCAACAGACCGGCAGAAGAUUCGGCGACUUGGCGGUGAAGGGGAAGAAGGCGAUGGAAGUGUCCUCGAAGAAGCAGAAGGUCGCCGACGACGUCGACAGCAGUGGCAGCAGCGCAGAAGGAGAUGAGCCGAUGGUGACUAGCCAGUCGUUCAUUUCCUCCACUAACGUUGUCAACGUCACCGUCUCCUCGAUGGGGGUGGACGAGUUCAGAGACUUCAUCGAGAGUUCACACGGCACCCCUUCCGACGCACCCAGCGUGACUCCCCCAAUCGGAAACGUGGCGAGUUCAACCGGUACCGCUUCCCACGCACCCAGCGUUACUCCCCCAAUCGGAAACGUGGGGAGUUCAACCGGUGCCCCUUCCGACGCACCCAGCGUGACUCCCCCAAUCAGAAACCUGGCGAACAAAUUCAUCGACAUUUAUGAACCCUAUCUUCCCGAAGACUUCAUUCAGAAUUUUCCCGACGUCGGCGAUCAGGUCGCCGACGACAACGCGUGCGUUGGCCACAAGGAACCUCUUUCCUCACUGGUUGCUGAGUUUCAAUCAGGCAGCCCCAUCAUUCAGGCAAAAAUCAAGCUCCUUUAUGACAACUAUGCUGCACUGAGGCGAGUACGAAAAGAUGGAAAUUGUUUCUAUCGAAGUUUUAUGUUCUCCUAUCUGGAACAUAUAUUGGAAACACAAGACACAGCCGAGGUUGAUCGCAUUCUUGCAAAUAUUGAACAGUGUAGGAAGGCACAGCUAGUUCUGGGAGACCAAGAAUAUAGGAUCAGUGAAAUCUUCUCAUUAUUCAUUGAUCUGCUGAAAAGUGUUAUUCAAGAGAACGACAAUUCAAUCAGUCACGAGUUGCUUCUGGAGAAGAGCUGUGAUCAAAUGUUUUCAGAUAGUGGUGAGGAAAUCGGUCCCAGACUUGUUUUGUUCUUCAGGAUGGUUACUUCUGGCGAAUUACGCAUAAGAGCAGAGUUUUUUGCGCCGUUUGCUGGCGUAGAAAGUACAGGCAUGGCCAAGUUCUGCCAGGACUCGGUGGAGAUGAUGGGGGAGGACUGCGACCAUGUGCACAUCACAGCUCUAUGUGAUGCAUUAGGCGUGCCGACACGUGUGGAGUGUCUUGACCAGAGCACAUCCAGCUCCGGCGACUUAACGCCAAAACAUCACGACUUCAUUCCGAUGCAGAGCAGUGCGUCCGACGCAGGCGACCCACCGGUGCCGCGCGUGACCUUGCUGUAUCGCCCUGGCCACUACGACAUCCUCUACCCAAAGUGAUCUCUUACAGACUGCUGCUACAUCGGAUCAGAGUCGGACGAGGGGGGAAUUAUCUCCAUGUGAUGCCAAAUGAAUCGCUCCUGGGCAUCUAUCUACUCCCGGCGAUCGCCUUAUUAUCAUCACAUAAUUAAAGUCGUGUUCCAAGGCUUACUCGGUUAAUGAGAGCGAGAUCUGAGCUUUCGAUCGUAUAGAAACGAAUGACAACCGAGACCUGCUAUUUCUGAUGAAGCUUAUAUUCGACCAGCGGCAACAUUCGUAUCCUUCACAAUACAUUUGUUUGCAUUCAUUGUUUUUUUUUUUUUUUUUAGACUUCAAAAUCAUAAUAACUACAGGAACAAGAUCUGAUUUAGUUGGAUUUUGGAAACAAAACAGAACAUUAGCUCCUUCAAUAUCGCAUCACUCUAUCAAUGGUUGAUCA